AUGUCAUUUAUCCCAACAUUCAGCACAAUCAGUGGAUUUAUCCAUGCUCCUAUCAGGAUCCUCAUCAGUUUCAUGUUCACACCUCAUAUCCUUGCUCAUGGCAGGCAUCAUUCUAUUCUCCCCUCUGGAUCUGGUCAGUGUAAAGUGGAUAAAGUGAUUGAAGAAGCUAAAGCAAUCUGCAGUGUUCUCUGUUCUGUGGAAACCAGGGCUAUUACUGAGGCAGUCAAGAAACUCCAUUCAGUGACACUGGGAAAAACACAGAAUUUGCUUCAAAAUGUAGAAACUCCAGUCAGAGUCUUGAUAGAGAAUGCUGUGACAGAGCUGUCUGCAGCCAUCUCCCAUCUCAUCUAUGUUUUCAGCAGAAGCUUUCACACGGAUUUUCAGCCUGCAAAAAUACUUAGAAGCUCUUCAUGCGUGGCGGUUGAUGUAGAUCCCCACUUUAGCUUCACUGUUUAUGCAGCCCACAACAUCCCCGCAGCCUGGCUGAAAAGCUACAAAGCUUUUUCUUUUUCCUGUUCUUUAACGUAUGCUGGGAAGAAAAUAUGCCAAAUGAAAAAUUGCAAAAAUAUACCAGUUAAAAAGUCUUUUUUUCCCCUGGCAAACUGGAAUGAGAAAAUCAGUUUUCCUCUACAAAGAAAAUCUCUUCCUAAUGAAACAAUCUUGACAAUAAAACUAUUUGGAGUAAACUGUGUGUCUAAAAAUACAGAAAUUCUGGCUUGGACAUAUUCCCCCUUGUAUCAAAAACAAAAGUUCAUUCAUGGAAUGGUGCUGCUUGGAAUGGCAUUGUACAGUGAGCCUCCAACAACAAUGAUAGCACCGGGCAUUUAUGACACUAGUCUGCCAGUGCUAGUAACACUGCAGAUUGACUUUCCAGAAACUAAUUUGGAGUUUUUUAAACCUGAGCCAGAAGAGACAAGAGAAGACCUUGUAGAGCCAGCUAAAGAAUGCCUGAAGUAUAUUUCAAGACUCUCACGGAAACAUUCUCUGUUGCUGUUGUCGGUGCAAGAGAGAAGAUUUUUAUGGUUUUAUCGUUCCAGCUGCAAUAAUGAAAACAGUUCCCUCCCUUUGGUACUAGGCAGUGCCCCCGGUUGGGAUCGAAAGAGCAUAUCAGAAAUGUACAUGAUAUUGAGAGAAUGGAGCUUUUCUAACCCUUUGGAAGCACUUGGGCUUUUGACUUUCAGGAAAUGUGUACAUCUCAUGGAAUUUAGGAAGCAUUAUAGAUGCUCUGGGCCACUCUGGAUCAAGCCCCAAUGUCCAGAACAAAGAAUACAACUCUCUCUGCUAUAUUCUGUAACAUCAGCUACUCACAAGCCAGCUAAUUUUCCAGAUCAAGACAUUCGCAGAACUGCAGUCCAACAAAUGGAAAAUCUGUCAGAUGAUGAAUUGUUAGACUACCUCCCACAGCUGGUUCAGGUGCUCAAGUUUGAAUGGAGUCUUGAAAGCCCUCUUGUGAAACUUCUGCUAUGUCGUUCUCUACAGAGCAUCCAAGUUAUUCAUCAACUGUACUGGCUGUUAAAGGAUGCACAGAAUGAAGCUCAUUUCAAAAGCUGGUAUCAGAAACUAUUGGCUGCUGUCCAAUUCUGUGCAGGAAAAGCCUUAAAUGUUGAGUUUUCUAAGGAGAGGAAACUUAUCAAUAUUCUGGGUGAUGUUGCUGAAAAAGUGAAGGCUGCCAGCGACCCCAAAAAACAGGAGGUGCUAAAGAUGGAAAUCAACGCACUUAAACAGUUUUUCCAGGAGGUAAAUGUUUGCCGGCUUCCCCUGAAUCCUGCACUUGUUGUAAGAGGCAUAGACACAGAUGCAUGUUCAUAUUUCACAUCCAGUGCUUUUCCAUUGAAAAUUUCCUUCCUCAGUACAGAUACACUGAGUAGAAACAUCGAUGUUAUUUUUAAGGUGGGAGAUGAUCUACGUCAGGAUAUGCUGGUUUUGCAGAUUAUUCGUGUGAUGGACAGUAUUUGGCUUCAGGAGGGACUCAAUAUGCAAAUGAUCAUUUAUAGAUGUUUAUCUACAGGAAAAGGCCAAGGACUAGUGCAGAUGGUGGCAGAUGCUACAACACUGGCCAAGAUCCACAGGGAAUCUGGACUAAUAGGACCAUUGAAGGAAAACACAAUUAAAAAAUGGUUCAGUCAUCAUCAUCCUUUGGAAUCAAGUUACCAAGAGGCGGUAAAGAAUUUCUUUCAUUCCUGUGCUGGCUGGUGUGUUGUUACCUUCAUUCUGGGAGUUUGUGACCGACACAAUGACAACAUCAUGCUGACAAACACUGGCCACAUGUUCCAUAUAGAUUUUGGAAAGAUUUUAGGUCAUGCACAAAAAUUUGGAAGCAUAAAAAGGGACCGAGCUCCUUUUAUCUUCACUUCAGAGAUGGAGUAUUUCAUUACAGAAGGCGGAAAAAACCAACAGCGAUUCCAAGAGUUUGUGGAGCUUUGCUGUCGAGCUUAUAAUAUAGUCAGGAAGCACAGCCAAUUGCUCUUGAACCUUCUGGAGAUGAUGCUGCAUGCAGGGUUGCCUGAGCUGAAUAGUAUCCAGGAUCUGAAGUAUGUGUAUGAUAACCUUCGUCCACAGGACUCAGAACUCCAAGCCACCAGCCAUUUUACCAGGAAAAUAAAGGAAAGUUUAGAGUGCUUCCCUGUCAAACUCAAUAACCUGAUCCAUACGCUCGCACAGAUGCUAGCCACAGGCUCUGCCAAGUCUUCAGCUACACAGAGUGUUCCUCAGGAAUCCAACAUGCUGGAUGCAGAGAGGUCAAUUGCCCGAGCAACCAUUUUAGGGUUCAGCAAAAAGCCUGACUCUCUCUAUUUAGUCCAGGUGGUGCAAACCAGCCAGGUGGUCACCUUCGUGGAAAAAUCAUUUGAACAAUUUUCAAAACUUCACAGGCAUCUCCAGAAGCAAUUUCCAUCACUUGCCCUCCCAGAAUUUCCCCACUGGUGGCAUUUACCUUUUACAGAUCUUGAACACAAAAGAAUGAGCGAUUUGAAUCUCUACAUGAAGCAGUUAUUGCAUGGAUCCAGCAAACUCUUUAAUAAUGAGUACAUGCUUAGCUUUUUCCUCGGUGGCUCCAAAACUGACUGGCCGGAAGAAUCCACGCUUGUUAGCCUAGGUCCUAAAUCUACUGACCAGAAACCUGGAGUGCAGUUAGUCAUAUCUUAUGAGAACACCCAUCUGACAAUAUUGUUGAAACAUAUGAGAAAUAUUCAUCUCCCAGAUGGCUCUGCCCCAACUGCACAUGCUGAAUUUUAUCUUUUACCAGAUCCUGAAGAAGUCAGCAGGAGGAAAACAAAAGCUGUUCCAAAAAGCACUGACCCUACUUAUAAUGAAAUUGUAGUAUACGAUGCAGUCACAGAGCUCCAAGGACGUGUGUUACAGCUUAUUGUGAAAAGCAAAGGAACAUUUGUGGGAGCCAUCAACAUUCGAUUGCACAGUGUCUCAUUAAAUGAAGAAGUGUGGUACCCAUUGGGGAACAGUAUCAUUUGAACAUUGCCUUAGACAACUAAAAUAUUCAUUCAUUGACAUUUUUUAACUUUUCUCAUGGGCCAUUUUGGCACAGUAGCCAAAAUAUUUGCCUUUGACAAUAAAAGAGGCAGUAAACCACUAACCAUAUACAUUACCCCACUAAUCACAAAUUAUAAUAACUUUUUCCCCACGGUCCAUUGCCAUUUAACUGUUGUCUUAGAAUUAUUAUUUUUACCGGCACCAAACUCCCAUUAGCAUAGGUGUAAAAAGACUUAACUGACACUGUAUUCUGAGAGAUAACUGAUUAUGUUGGAUAACAUUUCUUAUGGCAACAAGCAAGAAUUUUUUUCCUGCUCAUCACUGUUAUUUGUAUACAGCUAGAUGUCUUUUAUGUAUCAGAAACCUGGAGGUAUGAAGCCUAUCCAAAGCCCAUAUAUGUCAAUGUUAGUUUCCCAAUGACUUUAGUGGGCUUUUGAUAAGACUCCUUAUGAGUUAUUGGUCUGGAUUCAUCCUAUUGUAAAUACUUUGUCUGUACAGUUAUAUCAGUUUUAAAUAUGUCCAAGUUAGUAUGAUAGCAUGUUCACCUGAGAGAUCCUAGUAGAAUGACAGCUUGUAUUUAAAACCUUUAGCACAUAUCACAUUUAAUUCUUACUUUUUUCACAUUUAAAAUUUAAUUAUCUGUCAUAAUUGAAAACCUAAACAUUUAAAAGAAUUUAAAACUAUGCUGAACUUUAAGUAUAGUGUAUGCUAUGUAUUUUUAAGUUUUAACGCGCUGAUAUGACAUGCGACUUGGGACAAGAUAUUUCAUCUCAUUGGGUUUAUUCUGGCAAAAUAUUUGGCAAUAAAUACAUUCUGGAAAAAAAUUAAUAUAUGUUCUAAAUUAGAGUUGGAAAAAUGCUUCCCAUAGACUUUGAAAUCUUUCCGAAAAUGAGAUGUAGAUAUAUAUUUGAGCAGAGCAAACAAUCCAUAGUUACUCUGCUGAAAGGUUAAAUUGAGAAUGAUCAUAUUAUAAGACAUCUUUUUUCAUUUCUGUUACCCCAUCACAUGGUCAUGCUGCAUCAGAGAAGCAGACAAAAAUUUCCCAGGCUCCAGUCCUGUAAAGUUUUAUAUGCAUGUUUAACAUCAUGCAUGGGAGUAGUUCCAUUAAGCUCAGCAGGAUUUGGUGCAUGAGCUCAGUCCUUCAUGGUGCUUUUGCUCAAUCCAGGAAAACAGUUAAGCCCACUUUUAAGUCCCAAUAGACUCACUGACUUCCACUAAAUCAGUUGCCUUCCUGAGCCCCACGUGCAUAAAGUUUGAUACUUCCAGAAUCAGGUAACAAACUAUAGCAGUAAAAAAGGUAUUGGUUCAUGAUUUGAUCCAAGGUAAACAUUAACAUAAUAUGUAGUUGGCUAGAGUUGAGAUUUAUCCUGCAAGUUGUAAAAGUGGCUGACAUUGGGAUAUAAUACCCAGAGCUGUGGGCAAUUAUUUUUUCCUCACCCAAAGGACAAUAGUUUUAAGACACACAAAUCAGGCUUAAGCAGCUUAUGGUAUAGAAAGCUGUUGAAGGUGCAGUAUAUGAGUGUCAUUUUAACAUGGCAUGAAUCCAAAUAAACCAACAUUCUUCUCAGUCCCAAACAAAUUGGUUAUGUCAUUGCUGAUCAGCUGUUGGAAUACAACUACCAUAUUGCCUGGGGAAAUUAAACUUCCCAGUAAGGAGAGAGAACCUGCUUGAGUCAAAAUAUGAACACACCUCCUCAGUGCUAAAGAAAAACCAUAAACCCUUAUGGAAAAAAACACUGUCUAUGAUACAGUACAAGGGCAAAUUUAAAUUAUAAGUGUUCAGAGAUAAAGAAAUAACUGACUUCACUUUUUAAAAAUACAAGAAGCCACAUCAUAGCCAGUUUUUAGUUCUCAAAUUACCUGACCCUAAAGUUCAGUGUUGAGUUCAGAUUCUUAAUUUAUAGUCUUGUUUUCUUUUGUUUGCUUUUAUGUACAUGGGAUAAUUAAUGAAAAUAAUAAUUACAAUACAAAUAAAAUCUAACUUUAAAGAUAAGCAUUGAUACAAGUAUGAAACUAUUUAAGUUAUCAAGAUUUAGACCUCAAAACUGCCAUGAGUUCUGUGCAGCCAGAUCCCUGUAUCCAUACGGAGCUCAUUGCACAGAAGCAAUUUUAUAAAAAGGUUGGGAGAAUACAGUCUCUUAAUGCUUGGGCAAGGGCUAUGCUGAGAAAAGGUGCCAAAACAUAAGUAACUGGCAGGCAGUUAGUGUUUUGAGAUCCUGAUAUUAGCAAAAUUGAAUAUUAUCUAGGGCAUCGAUGAGCUAUAGAUCAGAAACUGGCUUGUUAUGGAUUAAAAAUAUUAAGUUUCAAUUGUGUGUGUCUGUACAUUUCCUGAUUUCCUUUUUCUUGAACAGACUAAUAUGUAGUAGGAAAAAGUUUCUCAAUGCAAAUGAAAAAGACCACUCCAUGUUGUCAGUUUUGGUGCCUUUGGAAGUCUUAGGCAAUAAAUAUUAAUAUGCUGCUUCCUUAUUAUUUAAUAAUUAGUUACAGUUUUGCUAUUGCAGGUCAAACCUCUCUAAUCCAAUACUCUCUGGUCCAGCAAUGUCCAUGGUCUGAUAUGAUUUUAAU